AUGUCGGAAGAGUUUAAUGAUAUUCGAAUUGUUCUCGCCAUUGACUUUGGAACGACCUACUCGGGAUACGCGUAUGCACACGUUGCGAGUCCUGAUAGGAUUUUAGUUAAAGAUGAUUGGGAUGGAGUCGAAGGUCGCCUUAAAUUACCGACCGUUAUAAAAUAUAAAGAAAAUUCCUAUGAUUCUAUCGAAUUGUGGGGCUAUAGAGCAUUAGCUCGUAGACCAUCAAAAAAAGAAAAAGCAAAUCCUAAGUCAUCAAAACCUGUUGAACGGUUUAAAUUACAUUUGUCAAAAUCUUUGAAAGAAAAACCAUUUUUACCUGAUAAUUUGAAUUAUAAAAAAGUCAUCACAGAUUAUCUGAACAAAUUAUGCGAAUCAAUUAAAGAAACUUUAUCUCUUGUUUUCCCAGAAGUGGACUUACACAGUAAUGUGUUGAUUGUCCUUACGGUUCCGGCGGAAUUUGUUGAUAAUGAAAUUAUAAUAAUGCGCGAAUGCGCCUUUAAUGCUGGUUUUCUGAAGGAAAAAUCUAGUAAUAAUCUCCGAUUUACAACGGAACCCGAAGCCGCAGCUAUCGAUUGUUUGAAUUCGAUAGUAAAAGAACAAAAUAAUUUAAAUCCAGGAGAUUCGUUUAUGAUUGUUGACUGCGGUGGUGACACAGUAAACAUAACAACACGUGAACUAUUGGAAGACGACAAACUAACCGAAAGAACGGUUCGUGGAGGAGAUUAUUGCGGAUCAACUUUCGUAGACCAGGAAUUCCUAAAGUUUAUUGGUAAAAAAACAGGACCAUUCGCAAUUGAACAAAUGAAAGAACAUCAUUAUGAUCAAUUACAAUAUAUCGUACAAGAAUUUUGUAGACUUGCAAAAUAUAAAUUUACAGGAGAAGAAACGGGAUUUGAACCUUUUGAGCUCGAUUUCGAUGAAAUACCAGUAAUAAAGCAAUAUAUAAAAGGAGAAGAAAGAGAAAAAUUAGAAAUUUCGUAUUGGUUUAUUGAAAUUGAUUUUGAAGAAGUUAAAGAGAUGUUUGAUCCAGUUAUAGAAAGAAUUAUAAACUUGAUUAAAGGACAAUUGGAUCAAAUUGAAAACGAUUGCUCGGCUAUGUUCCUAGUUGGAGGAUUUAGCGAAUCUAAAUAUUUACAAGCUAGGAUUAAAAGUGAGUUCCUUGAGGUAUUUCCAAGCAUUUCGGCUCCAAUUCUUCCUAUUACAGCAGUUUUAAAAGGAGCUGUCUUAUACGGACUUAGAGAAAGUACAGUGGCAACUCGUAAAUUAACGCAAACAUAUGGCACUGAUAUAGUACGAAGAUGGCAACCAAAUGAUCCAUUUUCCCCAAAUGGAUAUGUCUCAGCUUUCGAAACACUUGCAAAACUUGGCGAUUUAGUAACUGAAAAUUACAAGGUUAUUAAAAAAUUUCAACCUUUUUCAUUAUUACAACGAGAGAUAAGUUUUAAUAUGUAUGCCACAAAAAAAGAGAACGCAAAAUAUUGUAAUGAUGAUGGAGUUACCUUGCUUCGUGCAUGGGUGAUUGAAUUGCCGGAAAAUGAAAAUUUUGAUGAUAUAACAAUAGUAUUUACUUUAACCUUUAACGUUGAAAUUAUAGCUACAGCCGUAAAUCAAAAUACUGAAGAAACAGUUGAUCUCAAGUUGGAUGCGGUAUUAAUUUGGGGUACUUUUAGAGAGGUAUGA